AUGGGAAACAGUCUAAGGUGUUGCUUAUCAUGUUUAAUUCCUUGUGGAGCUCUGGAUUUGAUCAGAAUUGUUCAUUUAAAUGGUUACAUUGAAGAAAUUACACGCCCUAUCACCGCCGGCGAGUUUCUCAGCAAUCACCCUAAUUACGUUCUGAGUAAACCGUCGUCACAGGGCGUAGCCCGCCGGAUUCUUAUAUUAUCGAGUAGUUCCGAGCUGAAGAGAGGUUGUAUUUACUUUCUGAUUCCUUCUUCUUCGGUUCCUGAAAAUAAGAGGAAACCUCAGCGGAAGAAUUGUGAGAAGGCGGCGAUUGGUGAUGCCGUGUCUGUCUCCGUUUCUAUUGAUUUGAAAUUAUCUGGUAGUGUUGUGGCGGAGAAGAAGGCAGGGAGGCGGAGAGUUCGUCGGAGUGUUGACGGUGGAGAUUGGCGGCCUCAUCUUGACAGCAUCUUUGAAGAACAAUAA